AGAAACGCUACCUUGCCAUCUUCCCACCCGUUAACGGGGCGCCGACAGUCCUUGCAAAGCAUAUCCCUUGCUGCUCAGUGACACUUGCUCUCACUUGUGUAAGGCGAAAGUCUUGAAUGACACUUUGAGCGGGCUUUUAUCGGGGAAAGUUUGACUCGGAGCAUCGUAUGAGACGGUAGUGAAAAUAGUUGCAGUGAGGUUGGACUCUUUCGGCAGGAUGACUUCCCCAUACGGUCGAAAGUCGACUGCAACAAAAGGGACCAGAAAAGGUCGCGAAAAGGACCCGGACUCUGACAGUGGCUCGGGUUCCGACGGCGGCCGCGCUCCACCACCUCGUAAGAAGGACGAUAGUGGAGACGACUCGGACUCGGACGGUGACGACGAUAGAGCGUCGGGUUAUGACGACCCGAAACGGCCCGACGUGCGGUGGACUGCGGAGGAGCAGGAUGCUGUGAUGGAUUUUUAUGGCCUGCAGACGCUCUAUCCACAAUCAUGGCUUGACACCAGGGACAAGUUUUCAUCAUCUCGCACCGGAUUGGGCGAUGACGAAUCAUUAGCCGAGUCACUUGACGAUGAGGAUAAGCAAAGUCCGAAGGAGGCGGCGGGUACCGGGGAAGAUGACGGCCCAAUCGAUACGUCCGAUCCGCUGGCGGUGAAGGACUCAAUCCUGGGAGCGCGAUGGAGACGCGGAACAGUGCCGCGCGGAAAUGAACAAGAACAGUUCGCCCAGCUCCUGAUUAGCAGUCGAAAGUUCGACGCAAAGCACUUUCUUCGCGAAGUUCACAAAACUACCACUUAUGACGACUUGGAGGUCGGCGCUGAGCACUUGAGGCAGGCCAUAGACCAUAAAGAGGAUGUCAUCAAGAACUUGGUCAAGACUCACUUUGCCAAGUUCGUGAGCGCCAAGAGCACUAUAGACUCGUUUUAUGAUCAGAUGAGAACGAAGAACCUGAUCUCGUCCGACGAAUACGGGGUUGCUCCGUUCGCAAAGUCCAUCGAAGCCCUGCAAGUGGACGCUGGAACGCUAUACAACCCGCUUCUGCAACGUCGCGUGCAGGCAGCAAAGAUCCGAUCCACUCUCGCCGUGUUGGGACAGUGGAAGUUCUUCUUCAACCUACCUAGCGUCUUGCAGGGCUAUGCAAAAAAGGCAAAAUACGACGCCCUAGUCAGAGACUACCAAAAGGGUAAAUACCUCAUGCACUCCUCCUUCGGCGAGAACAGCCAACGUCGCACGGCCUUGAACAGCAAAGAGAAAGACGCCCUUCUCCCGCAACACCACCAGGCAGUCUUUGAAAAAGUAUGGAGCGAGGUGGAAAGCAUCGUCGCUCAAGCUCGGCAGCAGCUGUUCCUCCGUCUGAGCGAGCCGUGGUUGGCGCUGGACGUGCAGGAGCGGAAUAUGACGUUUUUGAUCGAGCUGGGUGCUGAGACGGAUCCAGUGCAUGUGUAUUUGGACAAGCAGUACCAGUGGAUUGUGGAGAGGUUGCGGAAGGCGUAUAGGACGCAUUUGCGGACUCUUGAUGAGCUUGCAAAGACAUUCCAGGAUGCCAGACAGCCGGUGUUCACACUUCCCAACCUACGCAAAGCUUUGAACAUUGUAAAGUCACAAGAGUUCGAGCAAGCUUUUGCUGAAGACACGCAUGUGCAACUCUUCAAAGCCACACAGAGGCUUGUCAGAGCUUUAUGCAACGUCCUCCUAGAUUGUUUGCCGGACUUCUGGCGGCUUUGCAAGAUCUACUCGGGAAGCAAGCUUCAAAAGCCCAAGAACUUCGACUCGGCAGAAGCAGCCGCACAAUCCCGAAUGAAACGGCGACUAGACUCCAAGAAACUCGAACACUGCCAAUCCUACAUUCGUAACAUAUUGGAUCUCUUCUCAAAAUCACUAGCCCGCGCAUUUUACACCGACACACCACUUUCAAACCUUCGAGCGAUCAUCGAGGCAGAUGUAGGAAGCAGUGCAGAUCUCUCUUCCCACAUCGACGGCGACGUCUUACAAUCCCCGGAAAAAGCUACGGGGGAAGACAUACCGCCGCCUCCAACAGGCCAAACUGGAAGCAUCCUCACCCCGGCUCCCCCCCUGCCACCACCCUCUCCGAUCCCUUUCCGAUUCGCAUCCUUCCUCCACUCACAUCCACUGACGGCGUCGUAUUUCUUCAUCAAGAUUAUGGGGGAACUGACCCGGUGUUUUGGAGAGAUACGCGCUAUUCGGAUCGUGGGUAAUGAGCAGCUGAUGAUUGAUUUGGCGGCGGGGAUGGAUAGGGUGAAGGUUAGGGCUACGGAGGUGGUUUGUGAUGGGAUGUUGGAAGAAUCGCGGACCUUCCACAUGUACGAGGACUGGUCCUUCGACCACGACAUGGCCGCCCAAAUGGCAGCCCAAGGCCCCGGAAUCCGCGCCUCCACAUCCGAAAACGCACUAGCAAACGUCUCCUCCAUUCAAUCCACAUGGCGCACCAACGCGACCGCCAAUGACGCCACCAACCUGCUCAAACUCUUCUACAGGCUGCACCACUACAUCAUGCGCUGUCUGCAGCGGAUAGCCGCCGCGCCGAUAUCGGUAUCCGAUGACGCCGGCGCGGGCCGUGAUUCGGUGGGGACGGCUAUGGGACGACCCAACGCCUCUGUCGCCUCGGCUGGCCCGCUCGCAUCCCCUACUUCUCCGGGUGGACUCAACAUCGAGCGCCACAUCCCACACAACAUCCUCGUCGCCAUCAAAGCGGCAUUUAACGCGUCUAUGUUUGCGAUGCUGGACGGGCUCCAAUGGCUCGCUACCUCGUGGACGCCCGCGUUGAUGGCGAGCGCGAGUCAGCAAGCGGCAGACGGGAGGGAACUGGCGUCCCCUGAGUCGCUGAUGACGAAUCUGCACAAUCGACCAUCAGCGGUGGCGGGGUCGACGGCCGUGUUGAGUGGGGCGUUUGGCGGUGGAGAUGCUGCGCGUGCGACAAUGGGGAAUGCGCCGAUUUGGAAGAAUAAAUCGACUGUUGUUGAUGUUGAGAAGGCGGAGGUGCGCAUCCUCAUCGUGCUAUCCAAUCUAAGCUACAUGCGCAAGUUCCUCCUCCCAAAGCUUGGACUCCUGUUCGAAGACAGAUUUGGCAUCGUGCUGAGCUCAGACAUGAAGAACCUGCAAAACACUCUCAACGACCUCGACUCACUCCUCUUCCGAAACUACGUGAAGCGCACCGCAGCGAGUCUGCGGAUGAUCAUCAGGGACGGCAUCUUGUUCGAAGGGAUGGAUUGGAGCGGGUUGUCCAAACCACAAGAGGUCCGACCGUACGUCUUCCGGGGCCUCCUCCUCCUCGUCGCCGUGCACGCGCAAGUCAGCGGUGUCUCUCGCGCGCUGGUCGUGAGAGUACUGGAGGAACUCACGAUCGUGCUUGCGUCGGAUGUGUUGGACUCGGUGCGGCAGGUGGAGCGGUUUAAUUGGGGUGGGAUGUUGCAGGCAACCCUCGAAAUCCAGUUCCUCGACCAAACCUUGACAGCCUACUCCACCAGCACAUCCUCCCAGCUGCUCACACUGGCGUACGACACCAUCGAGCGUGGGCACGAGAGCGAGAAAUCCGACAACACAACAGGCGAUAAAGACGACCUCUUCAAGAAAGUCAAGACGCUUCUUGCGGACGCGAAGCGCGCUACGGAGGUGCAGUUUUCGUGUUUUAAAGAGCAGAAGGGGGACGAGAAGGGUGUAUAUGUUGGGGAUGAGGACGACAGCUGAGAAUACCGAAU